CUUCUAUUCUCCACGCGGUAUACACAUUUCAUCAUACACACACUCAAGGCAUGGCGAACAACAUCACAAACAACACCACGACCAUGACCACGCUGGAAUCCCUACCGCUCGACCUCUUCGUCGAGCUCCAGACGUACCUAGAGCACCAGGACGUCCUAGCCUUAAGGAGCCCAACCUUCGAGCAGCGUAUCAUCCGCUCGCUCAAAACUGACCCGGCGAACCCCACAGCCACCGGAGACGAGGAGGGGCACGUCGCCAAAUUCACGCCCGCGGGCAUGCUUCGCUUGGCAGCGAUUUCAAAGCUGCCCUUCGUUGCUCCGCGGAUCAGGAACCUGAAGAUCGUUGUCGAUGUACCCAACCAAUAUGGCAUGCAGGUGCUGGACAAGCGUCUAGAAAUGUUCAACCAGAGCCCCGGCUACAAGUUCUUCUACGAAUACAAUGCUCGACACUGGCGCCUACGAAGCCGUCCUAACCACCAUCCUGCAGAACCUGACCAACCUGCACACCUGACCAUCGCCGGCGACAAAGGCUGGCAGUUCAUCGACUACCGCGACCAGGGCCUCGAACAGCGCUUCUCCCACGUCGACGGCGAGGCGCUGCAGGACAUGCCGGGCGCCAUCGUGGCGCCAUAUGCGGCGGGCUUGGACGGUGUAAGGAACGAGGGUGAGUGGCCCGCUAUGGCGGUGGGGGAGCAGGCGAAUGCUAUGAUUGCUAUUAGGGAGGCGAUGCUCUACCCUAACCCUGCGGUGAACGUGGCGAAUGAAGAUUAUGCAGAGCUGGCGAAGGGGCUGGGCGUCUCGCAGGCGGUGUCGGUAAUUGUGCCGGCGCUGGCGUCUGAGUGUGGGAGUCUGGAAAGUCUUACGAUUGGCAGCAGCGACUUCAUAGGCUCCUUGGGCCUGUGGGCGCCGCUGCUGCGCGACAGCCUCCAGGCGAGCGCUGUGCAGGGCUUCAGGAAUCUGACCACGCUGCAAAUCAGCCUCUCAGACGCUAUAGCGUACCGCCAAAACGACUACGACACCCGCCUCUCUCCUGCGCAGGCAGCCAGGCCACUGACAUCCUUCCUCCAAGCCCCGACCUCCCUCACCGAGCUCUUCAUCUCCGGUGUCACGCGCCACGAAGAACUGAACCACCGCCUCAUGGCGCGGCACGACGGCCUCAACGGCGCGCUCGAAGUCGUCCUGGCGAACCUGAGACUCCCCCACCUCCACACCCUGCGCCUCUUACGCCUCGCCCUCACCAACCCCGACGCUCUGACAACCUUCAUCGCCGCACACAACACCACGCUCACGGCGCUACAGCUUUCAGACAUCGAGCUCCCAAGCGAGAACCCUAGCUGGAUGAUCCUGGCGCACCGCAUCGGCGAGACCGUGGACCUGACGGAGUAA